UCAAUUUCAUACUUCAAUUUUAAAGCGAGGUUGUUAUUUUCUAGACUCACAAUUGCAGGUAUUGAGAGGUCACCAAAUUAAAAGAAAAAACAGAGAAAGCCCCAGCUAUAUAAAUCCGCUUUCACAUUUCGUGACUUGAGAGCAUUCCAUUUGCAUUAGAAGUCCAUUCAAAAGCACAGCGUAAUGUAAACUGCAACAAGAGCAGAAAAAAUGGGUAUGGGCUUGUGUAAAAUGUUUUAUUUGCUAUUUAUAAUUGCAUCUCUGUCCUUUGGCUUCCGUUCUGUCAAAGCCGACACAGACCAAGAUCCACAACAGGUGCAUAUUUCUCUUGUAGGAAGUGAUCAUAUGGGAGUUUCAUGGAUUACAAAGGCUUCUGAUGUGCCCUCAAUGGUGGAAUAUGGAACAUCCCCUGGAUCAUACACUUCCUCUGCAACAGGAAAUAGCACUUCUUAUUCCUAUAUCUUAUACAAAUCUAAUAGUAUUCAUUAUGUGGUGAUUGGCCCACUCCAAGCAAAUACAGUUUACUAUUAUCGUUGUGGAGGAUUAGGGGCUGAAUUCAAUUUCAAAACUCCACCCUCACAGUUCCCCAUCACUUUUGCAAUUGUGGGUGAUCCGGGACAAACAGAUUGGACAAAGUCCACAUUAGCACACAUUCAAGAGAUGGAGCAUGAUGUUUUCCUUUUGCCAGGAGACCUUUCCUAUGCAGAUACAUACCAGCCUCUGUGGGACUCAUUCGGCAAGCUGGUAGAACCUCUGGCAAGCAGCAGGCCAUGGAUGGUUACCCAAGGGAAUGAGAUAGAGACCAUUCCACUAAUAAUGAACCACCCAUUCAGAGCAUACAAUGCCAGAUGGAGGAUGCCAUUCGAACAAAGUGGCUCGAGUUCGAAUCUCUUCUACUCAUUUGAAGUUGCAGGUGUGCAUGUAAUAAUGCUGGGCUCCUAUGCAGACUUCGGCCCUGGUUCAGAUCAAUACAACUGGCUGCAGGCGGAUCUUGGAAGGGUAGAUAGAAAAAGAACACCAUGGCUUAUAGCUCUGGUGCAUGCACCCUGGUAUAAUACAAACAGUGCUCAUCAGGGAGAAGGAGAAGACAUGAGAGUAGCGAUGGAGGAAAUGCUGUAUUCUGCAAAAGUAGAUAUGGUGUUUGCAGGGCAUGUUCAUGCAUACGAACGCUUUAAUCGAGUGUAUAACAAUAAGGCCGAUCCCUGUGGAGCUCUUCACAUUACGAUAGGAGAUGGAGGCAACCGCGAAGGACUUGCUUCAAAGUUUGGGCAAAACCAGUCUGGAUUAUCUUUGUUUAGAGAAGCAAAUUUUGGGCAUGGUGAAUUAACAAUAAUGAAUGCAACGCAUGCGUAUUGGACAUGGCAUAGGAAUGAAGAUGGUGAGUCGGUUGCAGCAGACCAAGUUUUGAUUCAGAGCUUCGCCACUUCAACAAGCUGUGCAUAAUAAUCUUAACAUCUCCGCAAUAAAAGAACAGUCCUAACUCUGGUUGUGUAAAUGAUGGGAUAACUUUAAUUUCUGAUGUCCAUAGAUAGCACUUCUUAAAUUUGUUUCUACUGUUAAACAUCUUCAAUUCCCAUCGAUAUUGUUAAAGUUGGUUUCUCUAUAUUUGAUGCAUUUCUCAGAUUUUAAGCAAAAUUUCUCAGAUUUUAAGCAAAUUUUUGUGUCCAUGGUUGUUAUAAUAAUCAUUACGGUGCCUUGUAAAAGACGGGAGAAAAUUGAUGGGCAUGGAGGAAGCGUGUUUUAGUUGA